GCCGGAAACACCCGAAGAGCAGCGGAAACUCCCGAACGUUGCCGGAAAUACCCGAAGCUCCCCUUGCGGAAGUUGCCGAAGAGCCGGAAGCGUCCGAAAGGCGCAGCGCUUAAGCGGCGCCACACCAAGAUGGCGGACGGGGAGGAGGUGACUCUGGACGGGCGGCCGCUCCAUCUGCUGCGCGUCGCCGACCUCAAAGCGGCCCUGGAGCAGCGAGGCCUCGCCAAGAGCGGCCAGAAGAGCGCCCUGAUCAAGCGGCUGCGAGGGGCGCUGAUGUUGGAGAACCUCCAGAAGCACUCGAGCCCCCACCCGACCUUCCAGCCCAAUUCCCAGAUGGGCGAGGCCAUGGGGCAGAACAGCAUCAUCAAGCAGUACCUGGAGAAGCAGCAGGAGCUGCUCCAGCAGCGCCGGGACCCUCCGGAAACUCGAGCCUCGGAGCCGGGCGAGGAGGAGGAGGAGGAGGAAGAGGAGGAAGGAGCCGGGAGGAAGGAGAGGAGGAGGAUGACCCGCUCGGCCCCGCCCCCCGGCCCCGCCCCCGAGCCCGGCCCCGCCCCCCGGCGCCGCCGCCCCGCCCCCCAGGUGGGCGUGGCCGGGGAGGAAGAGGAAGAGGAGGAGGAGGAAGAGGAAGACGAGGAGGAAGAGGAGGAGGAGGAAGAGGAAGAGACCCCCAAACCCCCACCGGAAAAACAGGAAGUGACGUCACCAAAACCGGAAGUCACAUCGCCAAAACAGGAAGCGACCUCACCAAAACCGGAAGUGACAUCACCAAAACCGGAAGUGGCGUCUCUGAACCAGGAAACGACAUCGCCGACACCGGAAAAGGCGGAGCCUAAACCGGAAGUUCCGCCGGCAAAACAGGAAGUGACGUCACCAAAACCGGAAGUGGAGGAAACCGGCACGGGGAGCCCCUCCCCUCCCCCCCUGCAAGGGGCGGGGCUUCCGGAGAAGGGGGAGGGGCUUCCGGAAAAGGGGGAGGGGCUUGAGGAGGAGGAAGAGGAGGGGGAGCCCCUCCCCCCUCUGCUCAGCGCUGAGGCUCCGCCCCCUCCCCGCCCCUCCCCCCCCUCUUCCUCCUCCUCCUCCUCUUCCUCCUGCCCCUCCCCCCACCCCGCGCCGGCCUCGCCCGCGGGGGGAGCUCAGGAGGGGGAGGGGCAGCGCCGGGAACCCCCCGAGGAGGAGCCCAGCCCGGAUUCGGCCCCGCCCAUGGAGCCCGGACCCAGCCCCGCCCCCCCCGAGGCCACGCCCAGGGGAUUCAAGAGGAAGAUUGCGGUGCUGUCGGCCAGGGGCAGCCUGGAGCCCGAGGGGGGCGGGGCCAGCGCGGGGGGGCCCCGGAAGCGUCGCUGGGGGGCCACGACCCCCAAGAAACCCUCGAUCAACAUCAGCACCGACUCCCUCAAGGGGCUGAUCCCGGACAUUCGGGGCGGGGCCGGGGCGGAGCCUCCGGAUCCUCCCCCGGAAGCCUCGGUGGGCGUGGCCGGAGCUGAGGGGGAGGGGCCGGAAGUUGGGGAGCCGGGGGCCCCUCCCCCACUCUCUGGCCCCUCCCCCAGGUGGUCCCUGGCGAGAACGGCCGGGGGGAGGGGCAGGAGGAAGAGGAGGAAGAGGAGGGGGAGGAGAGCGACGGAGGGGGCGGGGCAGGGCCCGGGGGGCGGGGCCUGGACAGCCACAAGCCCCGCCCCCCCCCUCCCCCCCGCCCCGGUGACGUCAUCGGCGGGGGGAGGGGCCGCCCCUCCCCCGCCCCCAACGGCGACUGCGGCAACGACGGCCACGCCCCCCUCGGGGGAGGGGGAGGGGCGAGGGGCCGAGGCCCCGCCCCCUCCCCGGCGUUCCCAGGGCCCCCCCUGGCGGCCGGGGGCGCUGCUGCUGCUGCCCGUGGACGAACCCGUGAGGGCGGCGCCCCGCCCCUCCCCCCCCCGCCACCGCCCCUCCCCCAUCGUGCACCUCUGCAACCUGGUGCGUCCCUUCACCCUGGGGCAGCUCAAGGAGCUCCUGGGCCGCACCGGGCGCCUCAAGGACGACGGAUUCUGGAUCGACCGCAUCAAAUCCCACUGCUUCGUCACGUACUGCUCGGUGGAGGAGGCGGUGGCCACGCGCGAGGCCCUGCACGGCGUCAAGUGGCCCCAGUCCAACCCCAAGGUGCUCGCGGCCGACUUCGCCCAGCAGGAGGAGCUGGAUUUCCACCGCGGCCUCCUGGCCCCUCCCCCCGGCUCCUCCCCCUCCCCUUUAACCCCCCGCCCCUCCCCCCCUUUCCCCGUGGCCCCUCCCCCCGGCUCCUCCUCUUCCUCCUCCCUCGCUGGGGGCGUGUCCUCACCCGGCCACGCCCCCCGGGGGGCGGAGCCCUGGCAGUGGGCGGAGCGGGAGCGCGAGCGUUCGCGGCGGGAGCGCGCCCGCGAGCAGCGCGAGUGGGACCGGGGGAAAAGCCCCGCCCCUUCCGGGACACGCCCACUUCCGGCGGGGGGCGGGGCCGCCCCGGGACACGCCCCCCGCGACGGCCGGGGAAACCGAGGCAGGAUCCAAGGGGGCGGGGACAAGGAGAAGGGGCGGGGCCAGCGGGAGGCGCGGCCCGAGAGGAAAGAGAAGCCUCCGGAAGAGCCCCCGGCCAAACUCUUGGACGAUUUGUUCCGGAAAACCAAAGCGGCGCCGUGCAUCUAUUGGCUGCCGCUGACCGACUCCCAGCUGCUGCAGAAGCAGGCGGAGCGCGCGGCGCGGGCGCGGGAACGGGAGCGGCGCCGGAAGGAACAGGAAGAGGAGGAGCUCCGGCAGCGCCAGAUGGGCGGAGCUUCCGGAGGGGGCGUGGCCGGAGGGGGCGGGGCUUCCUCCACUUCCGGCCCCGCCCAUUCGCGCACUUCCGGUGGGGGCGGGGCCUCGCAGAGGGCGGGGCCGGGGGGAUCCCGGAAGAGGCGGAGCCGGAGUCGGAGCCCGCCCGGGCGGGGCCGGCGUUAAAGCACGGAGAGGGGGAGGGGCGGAAGGUUCCGGAAGGCGGCGGGAAAA